CUAAUAUGACCUCCCAGCGAUUCCCAACAAAAUUAGGCAUAAAAGGGGCUUUAGUCUAUAGAAAUAUAGCUAUAUCCCCGUUCAGAUUCGUUAGCGAGGUGUAGAACUACCUCUCCGAAAAUUGGAAUGCUUUCGUCUACAUACAAACUCACGCGCCUGUCGUGACCAUCCGAGCAGCAAGGAACAAACUCCAUACAUUCGAAGUCGUCACCCCUCAAAGCACUUUUGAGUGCAAUCAUAUCAUACACGCUACAAACGCCUUUGCGACUGAUCAUAUACCCGGACUACGCGGCAAGAUGACGGGUGUUCUAAAGACCGCGACUAUGUUAAAACCAGGCCAGUUAUUCCGUACCACUCAAGGUUUUGUAUCGUGGUCGAACUCGCGCAAGGAGGGAGAAAAAGACCAUUUCAUGCAGACGCCGAUGAAAAACGGAGAUCCAGGCCAUAUUAUCCUAACCGGCAACUUUGCUCGCUCAGAAGCAAAAAAGGGGGUUAACAUGAUUGGGAACUAGGAUGAUACAUAUGUCGACCCUCUUCCCACCGCUCAUAUUCGCAACGUUAUACCGGAGGUCAUUGAUCCCUCCUGGGAGGACCCGCAGGGGUGGCAGGAUAAACAGGAGUGGUCUGGCGUCACCGCGUUCACGGGUGACCGUCUCCCUUUUGUCGGUAGACUGGAUCCGGAGCUGACUGGUCGUAAACCCGACUAUCGGAGUAACCCGGCCUUCGUGAUGAGCCCCCACAAGCCUGGCGAGUGGAUCGCGGCUGGAUACUGCGGCGAGGGCAUGAGUUGGGCGUGGCUUUGUGGAAUAGCUUUAGGUGUUAUGGCCAAAGGGAAUGAUCACAAGAUUAUUGAGGGAUCGGCCGGGAGACCGCGUGGGAGAGUACGGAACUGGUUCCCGCCUGAGCUGUAUGUGACUAAGGAGAGGUUGAAGAAGGCGGAUUUGGAGAAUCUGUCUGAGUUGUUUGUUACACCGCUCUUGGAACAGCAGAUGAUACCUCUUCAACCUGGGUCGGAGACUACUUUGGUACCUGGUUAUGGGGAUCUUCCAGGGACCAAUAUCUUCCGGCCUGAUCGAAGGUUUUGAGGGAUUGGUGGAAUGGUGCUUGGGGCUGUAAGAUAGGAUAGCGUGAGUUUGGUGUCUAGUAAAGCGGUUGUUUUUGUUUCGUGGUAUAUAGGGUGCCUAGGUAUGGUUUUGUAAGGAGAGGGAAUGACAUUCAAUAGACUAGCAUCAGCGUUGUAGUAUAAUAGACAGCAGUUCUUUUUCAA